UAGGAGAGUCUCAAAGCCUGGUGUUGGAAGAACCGAUUAAAGCAAAGGCUGAAGCUUGGAGAUGGCGUGGAUAUGGCUGGAAGCAGCAUUGCCGCUCGGAAUUAUCGCCGGAAUGCUCUGCGUAAUGGGCAAUGCUCAGUAUUACAUCCACAAGGCUGCUCAUGGCCGGCCGAAGCACAUCGGCCACGAUAUGUGGGACGUCGCCUUGGAAAGGAGGGACAAGAAGCUCUUGGAGAACCUCGCCGCCUCUUCCUCUGAUUGAAAUCUUUCUUCUCCGGGAAAUUUGGCCAUCUUAGUCACAAAGAAGGAAUAAAAUUGUACGCAUGAUAACUGGAGGCUAAGGAGAAUCUGCAGUCAAGUCUGUUUCUACUUUAAUGUGUCAAUUGCACAGAUUUGUGAAAUCUUGAAACUGUUCAACUGAUGCUUGCUAAUGUUGAGAUUAUCAAAUGCUUUUGUUCGAGAUUUUUAGUACUCCUUGUCUGUUUUCAUUUUACUAAUAUGCUUGUUGUUCCUACCACCAUUCAUGGGGUUAUUUGGUCUCACGUUUCAUGAGAUUCUUAAACAG